UUCACAGAAAUGACUGAUGGGCCCCUCUGUUAACCCUAUGAAGAAUGUGGUGAACGGAUGAUCAAAACAGGACCUCAGUGGCUUCUCUUUAUUCUUCUCAAGUGUCAGGAAAGCUUUAUCAGCACUAACUAGCACCAGAGGUCACAUACAUUUUGUGCUUCACAGCAAUUGUUGGCAUUCACAGACUGGAAGAGGAACAGGGAAGCUCUCACAUUGACCAAUGUCAACCACCGCUAUGGACAACUCAACCUUACCUGGCUUAGAGGCAGCAACUGCAAGUGGGGAUGCUGUUAACCCUUUAGGGAGUUCCAAUGGCAGCUUGUCCGAAACCAGUGCCUGGGGCAUCAGUGGCAGUGGUCCAUGGCUGUUGGCGUGCAUGUUAUCCCUCAUCAUCCUGAUGACGGCUUGUGGCAACACUCUGUUGAUCGCUCUGGUGUUUGCCCAACGCUCCUUACGCAACACCUCCAACUGUUUCCUGGUGUCUCUCUUCCUGUCUGACUUGAUGGUGGCUCUGGUGGUGAUGCCGCCGGCAAUGCUCAAUGUGCUGUACGGGGCCUGGGUGUUGUGGCCGGGCUUCUGCCCCGUGUGGCUCUGCUUCGACGUCAUGUGCUGUAGUGCCUCCAUUCUCAACCUGUGUGUGAUCAGCCUGGACCGCUACCUCCUCAUCAUCUCGCCGCUGCGCUACAAGCAGAGGAUGACCCCUCCUCGGGCCCUGCUUCUGGUGGGAGGGGCCUGGGGCCUGGCCGCCCUCACCUCCUUCUUGCCCAUCAAGAUGAACUGGCACAGCUUGGGUCAUGGGAGUGGCCAUUCCCCAAUGCACGGGGCUGGCAGUGCCAACGUCAGCACAUACCCAGAGCUGAGCUUGUGGUACCACGCCUCCUACUUCCAGCUGUCGCAGUCCGGUGGCCUGUCCUUCCAGUGCUGUCUGCGGGUUACCUUUCCUUUUGCCCUGGUGGCGUCAGUCCUCACCUUCUUCCUGCCAUCCAGUGCCAUCUGCUUCACCUACUGUCAGAUUCUCCUGGCGGCGCGGAGACAGGCAAGGCGGGUGGCGGCGCUAAGUCAACCUCCGUACCCGCAUCAUUCGCCUGGGGAGCCUUCUCACCCUCCGUCACCAGGUGGGGGCGCCGCCGGACAUGCUCACCUCGAAGGAGAUGACUACAGUCAUCAGGAGAACCCUGUGUCACGCCACGUGCCGGUGAGAGCGUGGGGUGGUAGAGGAAAUGAAGGGGGAUACAAUGAGGCUACGUCCCAAUGCUGUAUAAUCCGUCCCUGUAUGAUCAGUGUGUGCCUGGAUAGGUUUCCACCAUGGUGCCUUCUCUGCCUCUCAUGCCCUCUCAGAUUAGUUGUCAUGAAGGAAAACAAAUGUGGGGAUUUAGCUAAAAUAAUUAGGACACAGCCAUUGACUUGGGAGAUGGAUUCAAGAAUUUGA